GGUAUUACUGAUGAAAAUCUCAUUGCAACUUGCAUUAAAUGCAAUAUAAGUACUGAACACUCUUAUUGCAUGCGGAUUCUUCCAAUGGAAUUUCGAGAUGGUUGGGUUUGUGAAUCAUGUGAAGUGAUUUCUCCAAAAGCUGAUGAGGAAGAAGGCAUAAUGGCAUCCUGUUCUGAUUUAGUUCACCAUGAUGUCAUGCAUCCAGCCGGUCCCAGCAGAGUUCUUGAUGAUUCAGGGUGGCAAGCUCAUUCCAGAAGGCAAAAACCUGUUGAGACUGGAAAAGUUAAAUUUAUUGCAAAUGAAGAAGUCAUCAGGCUAUCAUCAGCAGUUAGAUCUCAGCGAAGUACUUUCAGCUCCAAACCUCGUCAGUUAAAUUUCAUGGCACCUAUCCCCCAAAGGACUCCUUUUGGGUCUAGAAUUCUGACUCCAAAGUUUCCUAUGUCUGCGAUCAAAGCAAAUUCUAGCAUUAUGCCUUCAAGAACUGUGAACCCUUCUAGAUGUGGCGGGAGUGUCAAAAUGCAAAGCAUAGCAAAGAUUAUUCAGCAAACAUCUCCAAUUUUUAAGGAUUCAAAAGUUAUAGGAGAAACAAAGACUUCCGUAGCUUCUGGAAAUGAGCAUAUUGGGGAGAAGCAAUUAACGGAUGUCUUAGUUGGUGAAACUUCUUAUAAGAAGAUGGAGUCCAAAACAGGAAAGGAGCCACUCACAAUUUCAACAAUGAGGCAAUCAUCACCUAUUUCCAGUCCAGAUAGUGAAGAAAGAGAUCUCGUGAAUAUUUUUGAUAGUCUCAAUCUAAAGCCUUCGAAUCUUCCUGCUCGAGAUGCUCCUUGGAAGGGAGGCUUCAUCCUUGAUGCAGCCACACCUGGAGAAUUCAUUGGUGGGUUCCAAGCACGACCUCCAUGUAAGGUCCAUCCUAAAGCCUAUGCAUUUUCACAAAAAAUGCCUCUCAUCCUCAAUGCUAACUGGCUUCCUCGAUCCAGUAUUUGGACUACUAUCUUCCAAGACGAUGACCCUGUCCUUGAAGAUGUUGCCCUUUACAUUUUCCCAGAUGAAAACAUUGAGAGAUCAAGAGAGAACCAUGCUCGGCUGAUUAACCGCAUGGAGAACCAAGAUUCAAUGAUGCGAAUUUGCUUUGAUGGCAAGGGGGUGGAGUUGCUGAUAUUUACAUCAGCAAGUCUACAGUUAGACUCACGGGUGGCAGACUUCUUAUGGGGAAUCUUUCGUUGUAUAAAAAAGGAUGUUGCUCAUAAUAAGGUACAUGAAGGACUCCCGUCAACGGUCGAUCAAGAAAACGUGGAUGACAAUAAGACUCUGGAUAUGGAAGUUGACAUGGUAGGUGGAAAGAUGGUGGGAAGAGUUGAUAUAGUGGUUCCGAGGGAUUCAAAGGUUAUCUGGAACACUAAAUCAUCAUCAGAAAUGAAGACCACAUGUGGCUUGCAAAAGAACUUGGGAAAAGACGAGGGUAAAAUCCCCCCUGAAACAUUGGAGGAGGAGGAAUCGGCAGGCCCACCAGGUUUUUCAUGAGGGCAGCCCUCAAAGUGCUACUGGUUCAACUGAGGGAAUGACAGGGGCAUCUUCAACUGUUAAUUAACCAUGGAGAUUGAAACUGCAGCUCAAGAGUCAUCACCAACUUUCAACCAGACAUAACCACAGUAGACUAGAUAGCUAGCUUUCAACAAAAAGUAUAAACCCAUUAAAGAAAAAACAGAGUCCUCUGUUUGUAGCGCCUCUUACUUGUAUUUGAUCUUUUUGGCUUGGUUGUGUCUAUUAUUACAGAGCCUCCUUCCAUUGA